AUGCAGUGGACGCGCGAGCUGAACGACCUGCUAAACCAGUGCGUAUUCGCCAGCGGCUAUGACUUCGAGGCGUCCAGCGAGCAAUUCUGUCAACGGGCCACAAAGUUACGCCUGUGGCGUGGCGACGGGGAGAUGACGUUGACAGCAAAUCAGUGUCAAGAACAAUGGAUGGUCUUGAACCCGACAGAGGAAGAGGAGGAAGAAAAUGAGGGAGAAGGGCCAGAGACACACAGCAAUGAGACUAGAGAACGGCGUGUCGUUGAGGCCAUCACUGAGGAGGAGGAGGGCUUUGUGGUUGUGCCGGAUGGAGGACCUCGAUUGGAGUUGUCCGUGUCAGAUGCAGAGCUGGAUCAGCUUCUGAGCGCGCUUCCACCUAGUGAGGAACCUGAACAAGUCGAUGGCUCUUCGUCUGCAGACGCAAAGAUGACGCGUCCUCGCAGUGAGAUGCAGUGGGUGCUGGCGUUCUUGACGGACCCGGACGCGAUCGCCACAGUCGACGUUGAGGCCAAGAACUUGAUGAAAAGUCGUGAGGGAAAUGACGACGACAACUACCAGGGUUUUCUGCAAGAUCUUCACGAUGCGAACCUACUGGCACCAGCGCCGAUCAGCGCACUUGAUCGACCUUCUAAGCAACAGCAAGGAGUAGACACAGCAUGUGUUAAUAACACCGACGAGUGUGGGGAAGACAGCAGCGACGAAGACCAAGAAGAAUGGGAACGUACUCGACAGGCCGUGAAACACUCGAGGAAGCUUCAGUAGCUACCGGAUUCCCUCGCAGUAUUCAUAAAUAAUGGACCAUCCUCUAGCAGCAGCAUUUACGCCUUUCGUCGCUUGUUUGCCGCUUUCUAGGGGCAGAUUUUGCUGUUGCGCUCUCUUUUCUCCUGCGUUUGGCAUACUUUUCUGGCUCCUCCACGUGCAUCACACUAGCGUCGAGACCAAUUUCUUCGCUGAGCACUUGUAGCCAAAGCAGCUGCUUGU